AAGACAUGUCUCAGAAUAAUUGGGCGGAACACAAACCUUCCAACCAGAGCUCGACAUUAGACACGAAAGUCUGGGGCAAUGCAUCAUCAGAUAAGGCUGUAGAUGGAGUUUGGAUUUCAGAAAUGUUCGAUAAAACGCACUACCAAUGCACACAUACGGAACAAAGAAGUAAACAUCACUGGUGGAUGGUCAACUUGGAACACACGAAACUUGUGAGAAGAAUCACAAUCUUGAAUAGACGUGAUUGUUGCGAAGAACGAUUGCACAAUGUGACAGUCACUGUUGGGGAUGUAGAGGGUCAGAUGAAACAGUGUGGAAGAUUUACGGGUCCUGGUGGUAAAGGAGAACUUGUCGAAAUCUCGUGCUCGACACCGCUUUUUGGACAGUUUGUGAAGAUAGAAAAAUACAGCAACAGUAGUUUAACAUUAUGUGAAGUUGGAGUAUAUCCAUAAAACUUUUUUUUAUCAAUAAAAGCUCUGUUGUGUAUUUUGCUGAUAAUUAGUUUUCUUAUUCGAUAUAUAUUCGAUGAGGUUACUGUUUCGUUGAUAAAAUAAACUUAGAUUUCAGUGAAAGAAUUACUAAAUGAACACGUGAUUUAUGUCCAAUUUAAAAACAUAGUUGUUUUUAACUACAUAGUUGUUUUUAACUGCAAGAAUAAAUAUUCAUGAAUAAAAUGAGCAUAUAGUCGCUGCUUUGUCUGUUUAUCCGUGUGUCUGUCUUCAGCUUUACUGGGUAACAGCUUAUGUACAACUUGUUACUAUGGGGACAAACUCUAAUUCUAGUGUUAAAAUGGUGUUACAUUGUGAAAGAAUUUAAUUGCACGUUAAAAGAUAUUAAAAGGAGAAAAGAAAUAACUCCGUUAUGAAAACCUGCUAAAACCAGAAAAUAAAUUGAAAAGUAUUAAAGGAUUUCAUUAAAAUAUUACACAUUGAUAGAGACCAAUGUGAAGAAAUGCUUUGUAUAAGAAAUAUAGUUUUAUCUUGCUGUUAAAGUGAUUUAAUUGUCUCCAUUAUUGAAACUUGUACAUGGUCAAUUAUUGUGGCUGCUUUAUGCCAUUCGUGUUUUCGAAGCGCGACCCCGCCAAGCGUAAAGUCGAGAAUUAACAAGUGAAAAUGGCGGAGACGCGAGCAAAAACACGCUAAUAAGCGAGGGCGCGGGGUGAAGUUUAAUAAAUAAACAUUCAGUGACAUAUAAUAUUAUUCAUGUAUAUGUCAAGUAUAAAAUGAAAACAGAAUAUACAGAUUAUCGUUUGAAACAAAUUUUAACUUCAGUUCUGACCAUUUAACUACUGGACUUUUGUUUUCUGGCACAAAUAUCG